AGGGUGGUUCCAAUUUUCCACUGUACCUCAAAUUUUGCAAUCUUCAAAAUUGCAACUCCGUGGGGCUGAUUCCCACGUAUUGUGUUCUCAAACCCAAACCCCCUAGUGAACCAUGGUGGUGGACUGACAGAUGCGAAUUACACCUUUAAUCUCCUGGAAAUAAUUUGUGACAGGUGAAACUUCAGGACUUAAUUCCACAUGGUUGCUAUAAGUUUGGGUUGCAAGUAACCGACCAAUGCAAGCUGUUAGGAACCUAGUCCCAAAGAUCCAUGUGAGCCAUCUUUGAUGUGGGUCAUCCCUAUCCUAUGCCGCGACUCUAGUUGAUCAUCCAAGGAAAAUGCCCCAUGCUUUUGUGACAGCGAAGCAGGGAAUGGGAUGCUAAUUUAUCCUUCCCCUGAGCUGCAGGAUCAGAUCUGGAGCAUCUGGUCGUACCUUGGCCCCACCAUCUUCUACCGACCAACAGAUAUAUGGGUUCUCAGCAUUCCAAAUAUCUAAGCCUUAAUUACAAAUUGCCUCUGGUGAGAUAUAUUUUCCAAUCCCAUAGGACCUCCCAAACUUUCAGGUCCUCCGAUAUGGGGAAUAAAUUAUCCAACUGAUACCAGUCAAAAAGCAUAUCAUUGAACAAGAUCAAUAAAGGGUAUGAGAUGCAUUCUUAUCUUACUAGAGUUAAUCGCUAAAGCCUAUAAAUUGACUUUGGAAUCACACAGAAAUGCAUCCCCAUUAACCAUCAAAGAUUAGUUGUUAGGUAUCAGAAGAACCGAAUGCAACAGGGUGUCCGCUUCCAACAGCAGCGCUGUAUCCUACACAGGAGGGAAUGGCACUCAGCAAAUGACUCCAACAAUCAUGUUUCAGGCACGCAACUGCUGGUGAAGCCAUGUAUUGAUUCUCCUCAGCUGUUGGACGACCCCCACAUCAUGUUUAAGGAAGGCCACACUCUGCACCUGAGGGAAUGGCACUCAGCAAAUGACUCCAACAAUCAUGUUUCAGGUACGCAACUGCUGCUAAAGCCACGUAUUGAUUUUCCUCAGCUGUUGGACGACCCCCAUAUCAUGUUUAAGGAAGGCCAUACUCUGCACCCGAGGGAAUGGCACUCAGAAAAUGACUCCAUCAAUCAUGUUUCAGGUCCGCAACUGCUGCUAAAGCCACGUAUCGAAUUUCCACAGCUGUUGGACGACCCCCCUAUCAUGUUUAAGGAAGGCCACACUCUGCAAUCAGGGGGAUGGCAUGUCAAUAGCAGUCACCAAAACGGCUGGCACCACAGUGAAAAGUUGCCUAUCAACUCUAACAAUGAUUUUGUGGUCAUGCACCGUUUCCAUGAAGUACAUGUUCCUGUGAGAACCAGGGUGGUGCAGGUGGUGACGUAUGAGCAUCACACCUCUGCUAACAAUUGUCACCACCAGCAGGUUUGCAAUACCGAGAAUAGGGGCUACCAGAAAGGUCCAUGGCUGAUGAAGGGCCUUGAGGAAGAGACAUCUGAUGUUAUCAAAGUCUUCAUAAAAAACUGAAGUGUGCGGCCUAGCUUAAUGGCUUGGCUAGUAUCUUAAGUACAUGAAUAUGUAAUGUUUUAAUUUCUGUAUCAUAUUCCUGGACUGUCUAGUGUGCCUUCUAGCUACUUCUACAGAGUUUGCAUGUAAACCACAAUAAUGAUCUCAUUGAACAUACAUAUUCUCAGCCA